AUGGCAAGUGACGGUCUAAAGAAAACUUUGGCUGCUAUCCCCCUUUGCAAGACAAGAGCAGGUCCAAGAGAUGGAGAAGAUUGGGUUAAGCGUCUUAAAGAGGAAUAUACUUCAAUUAUCAAGUAUGUUGAACAUAACAAAGCAAAUGAUAACCAUUGGUUUCAAAUUGAAUCAAACUCAUCUGGUACGCGAUGGUCUGGAAAGUGCUGGUAUAUUCAUGAAAUGAAGAAAUAUGAAUUUGAUGUUUGCUUUGAUAUCCCGGUUUCCUAUCCAGCUUCAAAUCCUGAAAUAAUGCUUCCAGAGUUGGAUGGAAAAACAGCUAAAAUGUAUCGAGGAGGAAAAAUUUGUCUGACCGACCAUUUUAAACCUCUAUGGACCCGAAACGUUCCCAAAUUCGGUAUCGCCCAUGCCCUUGCAUUGGGUCUUGGUCCUUGGCUUGCAGUUGAAAUACCUGACUUAGUUGGUAAAGGAAUUAUUAAACAUCCUGAGGAUGAAUCUAUAAAAGCCUUCGUUCAAGGUUGUAGUAUUCACGAAGUUCAUACUAUGAUGAAUUUCUUCGAAUUUAUCGUACCGACUUUAUCCGCAGUAUUAAUUGGAAGUAGUGGCAUUAUCCCAGCAUUUUUCAUAGAAUCUCCAGAUAGGCUUCAUCUUAAUGAAAAAGAAACAGUCGAACAGUUUCCUAUUCAAUGUCAUAAAUGGGCUUUCUUUAUACUCUUUGGCAUAUUUUUCUUUUAUGCCACAGAAUGUGUUGUUGCAUUUUAUGAAAGCCUGCAGCCUUUAAACAACGAAACUCAGAAUAAAUCCGAUGAUGGAAACGAUAUUCCUAUUACUGUUGGAUAUCUUAAUCUUUUAGCGAAUUCGAUUGACAAUUUUUCUCAUGGCCUAUCGGUGGGUGCUGGUUAUGCAGUCUCCAUUCGAGCUGGUUUAGUUGCGACAAUUUGUCUUCUAAUACAUGAAAUUCCUCAUGAAAUUUCGGACUUCAUUAUUCUUUUACGAAGUGGUUUCUCAAAAUGGGAUGCCAUUAAAGGACAGCUCUUUACUGCAUCUACCUGUCUAAUUGGGACGUUCGCCAUAGCCAUUUUCAAAUGCAAUUUUAAAGACUACAUGUUGCUGUUGCCUUUCACUGCUGGUGGUUUCCUCUACAUCGCAUUGGUGUCCCUCUUGCCCACGUUCCUCAAGGAAAAGGAUAAAAUCAUUCCAGUACUGAAUGGUAAUGUAACUAAGGCAAGGGAUGAAACAGAGCAGGCACGAACUGCACUCAAGGCAUAUUAA